UUGGCAUUUCUCCAAUUUCCUCUGACAAAAUCAAUGGCAGCACUGUUAUCUGCUACAGCCACCAAAUUAAGCUUGAAGUUGCCCAACAAUGGCUGUAGACAAGAAAACCCACCAACAAUUUCCCCUUUUUUCCCAGGGUUUUAUGUUGACAACAUUAAACACAACAAAAAGGUUUUAUUUGUUAGUUGUACUGUUAAGAACCAACCUAGAAAUAUAAUCCAAACAAGUGGAAAAAAAGUUAAAGCAAAAACAGUUGGUGGGAUUGGAAACCGAGUUUUGAGUGAGGGACGAGAUGAGGAUGAACGCUAUGCUCCUAUUUGUCCUGGUUGUGGGGUUUUUAUGCAAGAUAAGGACCCAAAUCUUCCUGGGUAUUUUAAAAAAAAGGAGGUGACAAUACCAGAUUUGGAAGAGGAUGUGGAUAAUUUUGAGGAUGAGAUUGAAAUGUUUGACGAGGAAGAUGACGAGGAAGAGGGGGUUUUGGAUGAAAUUGAGGAUAUAUAUGAAGAAAGUGAGAUGGAACAAGGUGAAGUGAGAAGUGGGGAUGAGUUUGAUUGGGAUUCUGAUGAAUGGGAAGCUAAGUUGAUGGAAGAGGAAGACAAUGAUUUGGACGUGGACGGGUUUUCUCCGGCAGGGGUUGGUUAUGGUAAUGUAACUGCGGAGGUACUAGAGAGGGUGAAGAAGAAGAAGGUGUCGAAGACGGAGAAGAAGAGGAUGGUUAGGGAAGCUCAGAAGGAGAGAGAAGAGGUCACAGUGUGUGCUAGGUGCCAUUCCUUGAGGAAUUAUGGGCAGGUGAAGAACCAAGCAGCGGAGAACUUGAUACCCGAUUUCGAUUUUGAUAGGCUGAUUUCUACCCGGCUGGUGAAACCAUCUGGGAAUUCCAAUUGUACUGUUGUAGUUAUGGUGGUUGAUUGUGUCGAUUUUGAUGGUUCAUUCCCGAAGCGAGCGGCAAAGUCAUUGUUCAAGGCGUUUGAAGGAAACAAAGAUGAUCCUAAGCUUAGCAAGAGGCUGCCAAAGCUUGUUCUUGUUGCUACAAAGGUUGAUCUAUUGCCAUCACAGAUUUCUCCCACUCGAUUAGACAGAUGGGUAAGGCACCGUGCUCGGGCUGCAGGGGCGCCUAAACUAAGUGGAGUAUACUUGGUUAGUUCUCGGAAGGAUUUGGGUGUGAAGAAUUUGCUUUCCUUCAUCAAGGAGUUGACUGGGCCUCGAGGGAAUGUGUGGGUUAUUGGGGCUCAAAAUGCAGGCAAGUCUACACUAAUAAAUGCAAUUGCAAAGAAAGAAGGUGCAAAAGUUACAAAGCUCACAGAAGCUCCUGUUCCUGGGACAACGCUAGGAAUUUUGAGAGUAGGAGGGAUUUUGUCUGCCAAGGCAAAGUUGUUUGAUACUCCGGGACUUCUACAUCCAUAUUUAGUGUCUAUGAGGUUGAACAGGGAGGAGCAAAAAAUGGUCGAAAUACGGAAGGAGCUACGGCCUCGGACUUAUAGGAUGAAGGCAGGACAGGCCAUACAUGUUGGUGGUUUGAUGAGACUGGACCUCCUUGAAGCCUCUGUUGAAACAAUUUAUGUCACUGUUUGGGUAUCGCCAAAUAUUUCUCUACACAUGGGGAAGAUUGAAAAUGCUGAAGAAACUUGGACAAAACACGUCGGGAUUAGGUUGCAGCCUCCCAUCGGCGUUGAGCGUGCUUCUGAAAUAGGCCAAUGGGAAGGCAGAGAAGUCAAAGUGUCGGGAACAAGUUGGGAAAUAAACAGCGUUGACAUUGCAGCCGCUGGCUUAGGUUGGUUUUCUUUAGGUCUCAAAGGAGAAUCAACCUUGAGAUUGUGGACGUUCGACGGCAUUGAAAUAACUCAGCGAGAACCUUUGGUCCUUGACCGAGCUCGUUCCCUCGAGAGACCUGGUUUCUGGCUGCCCAAGGCUAUUUCUGAUGCCAUUGGCAAUCAAUCCAAGCUCGAAGCUCAAAUGAAAAGGCUUCAAGUGGAAGAUGCAGAAUCGCUCUAAGAAGUAAGAAGUAUCCAUUUGAAUACAAGAGGCAAUUUUGAUACAAAUAAAUUAAAUUCUGAGGGGCUCAUAGUAUACUCGUAAAUUCUAGUUAUAGUAAAUUCCAAGGGCAGUAGAUGGUUAAAUAUACAAUGUGUAUUUGUAACUUGGAAAAUCAUUUAUCAAGUAUAUCCUAUCAGUUCAAUUUCUUAAAGGGGUGAUUCUACUAAAAUAGGGGCAAUCCGA